UCUUCAAUCUUUCAACAGCCUUCAACUGAUUCUGGUUGACUGUGUUAAAUAUUACAAUUUCUAAAGAUAAGGGCGCUGAAAUUACUUUCUCCCCUUUGAUAACAGUUCUUACACAAUUAUAAUGACGGUUUUUGAAAAAGAAGAGGCCGAUUCUAUAGCUAUGUUAAUCGACUCGAGUGUCAACCGUUACGUGUAGGUGGCGAUUUUUUUAGAAAAUGUCAGGUGUUUCGUUCAGCCAUGGUUCAGCUUUGAUUUAAUCCAUGUUAAUCACACCACAGCAUUUGAUAUAUAGCUGGGCUUUGUCGAAAGUCCUUUGCUUCUAGGACUCUUCAAAAAUUAUUGCAUCUCUUUAUUUUCAAUCUCGUUAUUACGUCCAACUGUCAGUGCUGGAUUUUUCAGAGUCCUCGUGUCGUUGAAUUUGCUAAAAAAACCGUUUGAUUUGGUUGAGAAACUACUAAGCAUAAUUGUGAGUUUGUUAAAGGCAAUUUAAAUUCGAGAGUAAAUUGUGGAACGCUGGCCAUAUUCCAGAAGAUAUUUACAGAAACUCCAGUAACACUAUUGUCUCUCAAGGGCCUGUUUCUAAUGAUAAUAAGAUGAGUGAACAGCGAAAAAAGAAAUCUUAUGCUGCCUUCCUGAUCGACAGGCCUUCCAACGGUAGUCAGUUACAUCAGGGCAACCAAGGAGCCAUCAUCACUCUGAUGAAUUGUUUGCGCCACCGUCUCGUCUUGACUGCAGGUUCGAAGAAAUCAGAACAUCAGAAUAUUGAAAGCGGUGCCGAUGGAGGUGGUUCUAUCGGAUUUCUUCUAGCGAAAUACCAAAAUUCUUCUUCUGCAGCAGCGAAAAAGACUAGCGUUUACGAUACGUUGUUGCAACUCAUCGAUGAAUUCGAUGCAACUGGUGCCGCCGAAAUUUUCCGUUUGCUGCUAGAGAGAAGAACUGCCAUCCCUUUGUUCGUGCCCGACUCCAGAAAACAUCAUCUCAACUUAUUCAGACACAUCACCAUUCCUGGUGUCAACACUCGAUUGGGCGAAGAUCAAUCACUUUUCCGUGUUGCUGUCAUUUCUUGCUGCCAGAGAAAUGUGAGUCAGACCACCGAGAUCAUGAAAAGCGUCUUCAACGUCCAAAGUGUCCACCGACAAGAUUUGUCCACUGGCAGUCUCUCAUCGAAUCCAUUGAUCGCCGAGAUUGGCGUUGGCUGUCUGGUGAUUGAAGCAACCAGCAAAACUGCCAAGAAAGUUCAACACGUCUUGGUCAUCCACGUCAUAGGGGAGUUCAGGCCUCUGUGGAAGUGUCUUCAACAUUUUGUCAGUUACUUAUUAAUUGAAGAUUCGACAAUUGAGGAAGAGCGUUUUUGUCACAUGUUUCCGAAGGAUGAAGAGACGACCUCUACCAAACACUCUGCUACUGCCCUUGCAUUGGAUGCGUUCAAUUUCAGCUGCGUUUGGACACCGUCGAUGGGAGAGAUGAGUCACGAAUUCGCCGUAUCAGGAAACGGAUUUCGUUUGCGUGUUGAGGGCCAACUUCGGGGCGAAACGCUAUCUCUUUUCAAAGAUACCGUCAGCGCGGCGCCAGAAAUGGUAAUUCAAUCUAAUUGUACGACUUCCCAAGAACUGAAGAUGUUGCAUGAAAUUCCCGUUUUAAUUGAGGAAGCUUACAGCCCGCUGGAAUGUGUGUCCCCAUCUGCAGUUCAUUGGAGCGAUUGUCAUGUCCAACAUUUGGGUGAUGUAAAGAAGUUCGAAUUUCUUCUACAAAAGUACUACCUGAAACGGGCGAAAAUUGAAGAAGCUAAAGUGGAACAUCGCCUGAAUAACGAAAUGGUGGCCCAAUUUGAAGAUGAGAUUAGGAAAGUGAAAGAGACUAUUCGUUCGCAAACAGUUCGAGUUCAAAAUCAUCCGUUGCUGAAAGUGUUUCUUCAAAUUCUGGAGAAAGAAGAUUCGUGCUCUCGUGUUUUGUCCUUUAAUCUGUUGGAAAACGAAUUGGCCAAACGUGGCGAACAGGAAUUAGGGCCGCUAUUGAAAAAGGUUCAAGAAUUAUCCACUUUGUAUGCUGAGAGUUUAAGCAAUGCUGUCCGUGAAACUGGUCUUGUUUCCAAAUUGAAGAAAGACUUGAACUCUGCCAAGACUGAAUUGAUUGAUAGUGCCCUCAACGUUGAGCACUUGUGGAGAGAAUUAAGUCAUCUCUACACGGACAUGGAACCAGAAAAACGGUCGCCCUCAAUUCAGAAAAUUCCUCGUCUAGCCGCCCAACAUUUACUGGACGGAUUUCCCCUUGAACUACUAGACGGCGAUUCCAACAUGAUCCGUCAAGAUUGGAUCAAAGUAGUUUUGUACGAACUCGGCAAGAUGGUGGAAAGAAAGCGAAUGUUUGUGCUGUCCGUCAUGGGCGUCCAGAGCAGCGGCAAGUCGACGAUGCUCAACACAAUGUUUGGCAUCAAGAUGAGGACCAGCGUUGGACAGUGCACCCGAGGUGUCAACAUGCAGCUGCUGGCCGUCGAGGGACGUUCCGAAUACGACUACAUUUUGCUGCUGGACACGGAAGGAACUCGAGCACCAGAAUAUCACGGAUUGCCCGGCAGCGAGAAGAGGGAUAAUCAGAUGGCGACGUUGAGUAUCUUGUUGUCGGACGCGACCAUCAUCGUCAUUCCCGGUGAAAAUGAUGCAGCUGUCAAGGAAAUUCUUCCGAUUGUUCUCAUGGCUUAUGACGGAACGAAAUUGGCCGAACGGAACGGGAGUCGCCUCAGCUCCAGGAUGUUUUUUCUCUACAACAGGAUUGACACGAGUCAGGCCAGCAAGCUGGACAACAUCAUUCAAACACUGGGGACUUCACUUCACACAGCAUUCAAUCAGGUUCAAAAACUGACGGGCAAUUUGACCAACCUGAAGUCGGAAAGUCCGUUUGGGAGCUUCAAUCUUCAUUCGUCCAGUUCCACCUCUGAUAGAGACGUUAUUAUCCUCGGUAAUGUCAAAUCGAAUUAUGAACCUCCUGGUGACGUUCCAGACGAAGCGUACGGCGAUGCGCUAAUCAAGUUUCGAGAACACAUCCAUCAGCGAGUUGUUUCAAAUGUCGAAGAUGAAGCCUGGGAAAGUAGAACGUUGGAAGGAUUUUCUAGUUACAUAAAGGAAGUUUGGUAUUGUAUUUGUUCGGCGGACUUCAACUUCAAUUUUGCCACAGUUAUUGAACGCAUGACAUUCGACCAACUUGACAUCGAAUACAAGUUGAAAGAGCAAGAAUUGUCCGAAGCUUACAUGAAGUUCUUUACGAACAUUAAAAAGAAAAUGAGAAAAAUGAACGAAAGAAAAACUAAUGUUGCAUCGGCUGCGUGUCCCGGGACGAUAGUCGACACGAGUAACAACAACAAUGAAGAUUAUUCGUCGUUCAUCACUCAGCUCAACUUCAUUAUAUCCCCGACUUUAAGCAAAUUAGAUGAUGAAGUGAAAGUGAUCGUAGGAGGAAAUGGACGAGAAAAAUGGGGUGCCCAGUUUUUGCAAAUGUGGAAAUUGAAUAAGAAAGAACAACAAGAGAUAUGGAAAAAUAAUGUGAAAAACGCCUUCAACCGGAUUUUUCUAUACGAGCAGAGCUUGGAAAGCUACAAGAGAAGAAUGCGUCAAGAAAUCAACGAAUUUUUCGAGUUGCCCAAAUCGGAAUGGGAAAAUGGAUCGAAAUUGGAUGAAAAAUUUGAAGAUAUUUUUGGCAAGAAAUUGCGUGAAAUUAAAGAGGAGUUUCCUCCAAGCAACGUGAAAACAGAAGUCGUGAAAGUGUACCGCGAUCAUUUUGCAAUCUAUAAUCGAAAAAUUAAAAUUUGUGCCUGUGAUGGUACUGCUGUUGAUUAUCGGUCACUUCAUUGGGGAAUCCGAAAAAAUAAAGAUUGGACAAGAUGGGUACCUUCGAUUUUUAAAAUUGGAAGAAAUGACAUUCCGAAUACUAGACAAGAAGCGAUCCAUUCAUGUGUUGAAUCUAUUGGUGCUAUUGUCUUCAGAGCUGUAACUGGCAAAAUGUGCUAUGACAAUAGCAUCGUCUCCAAUGUUAUUUACGCAGUGAAUGCAGUCAUCACUCAAAAUAACGUCACUGACAAUACCGAGGUUGAAAAAAUGCACAAUUACGCUCUAUUGUUGAUUGUCGAAUUAAUGCAAGUAAUUCAAAAAGAAUGGGAGGCGAAAAACUCUGUGUAUGCCAAAUUUGAAAGCAGCAAAGGCAGUAUGCGUAACUACUUCGACUUGGUUUCAAAAGGCGCUGCGAAGACGAAAAUAUUCUCGUCUACCAUGGCCAACACCUUGUCGGAUGUGGCUUUUUCAGCAUUCGAAGAGGAAAUGGUGACGAAGACUUACAGGAAGAUUUCUAACGAGCGUUGGAUUCACGAGGCCAGAAUUAUGCACAAACACAUGGACCUUUAUUUGAUCGACUUGUUGGAGGCAAAUCAAAUUGAUCAAGUGCUCGAUUACAUUCGCGAUCCCAAGACAUUUUACACCUGUGUGCUCCGCCGACUAAUUGCUUUGAAGGUACCUAACGUUGCGAAUGAUGUCUCCAACGAGGGAGAAUGGACACGCUUCAAACGUCAAGUGAAAGAUGCUGUAAAGAAAGCUGCCCUAGCUACGCUUGAUGGUACCAACAAAGAACUUGCCCAAACCUUUGUGGAUAAACUGCGAGAUGAGUUUUCGGAUGGCCUUCUCCAAAGUGAUGCUUUGUCUUCGGCAUUUUCAAUCGAUUGCAGUGGCGAGUACGAGGAAUGUGACAACGAAGACAAGAAGAAGUUCCAAGAAGAUUGCGAAAAGGAGUUGAAUGAAGCAAUUGAAAAUGUCAGUUCUCCAAAUGAUCACGAAGGAUUUGCCGAAGAACUGUCCCCCGAAAUAGUUGAGUAUAUGAAAAUCGUAAAUAAUCAGAUAGCACUUCCACGUUGUGAUGCCCAUUGCCCAUUGUGUCAUAGUUUGUGUAUCGAAACGUUCAAUCACGACACGGAACACAGACCUCACGAUGCAAUUCAUCAACCAGGAGGGGUUGUAGGAAUUCAUUAUCGUGAUAGAGAUGAACUGGCUUUUAAAACGUGCAGUCAAUUUUACGAAGAAGACUGUUCGUUUUACUUUAACAAAGAAGACACCGUCGCAAAAAAAUAUCGAGACUUCACAAAGAUUUAUCCUUCGUGGAAAGAUCCUCGAAUUAACGAAGAAUCGCCCCUCCGAGAAUACAUCCUGGCUAAAUACAACAACAAGAUUGCUGAAAAGUAUGGCCGAAAACCUUGUCCUGAUGUUCCCCAAAGCUAUUUUCGAGUUUUGUCCACCAUCAAGGAACAACUGAAGAUGGAAAUUGAUUGAUUUAAUUAGAAAUUGAAGUAUCAGUUAUUGAUCGUGUUUAAUUUAUUAUUAUGUUUAUUAAUCAUAAUAAAUGUUGCAAUAGAAGAA